GGUAGGCAGAGCUGUGCCUGACGUGGACGCUGAACUUUAGAAAGCUUGGGGGUCCAUGCUUGCAGCAGGUUCACCCGUUAACCGUCACCAGUUGCUUCCCAUUACUCGAAGCUUCGUAUCUGAAUUUGAAUAGCUUCGUCCAUUUUCAUCAAAACAACCUUUCUUCCUCUACAUCAAACCAAAAUACAUCCUUUCCAUUUAUACGGCGCGACCUUUUUAACGGUCGUCGCGUAAAUCAUCAUUCAAUCUAGUUGUACACAUUGAUUUUCCUCGUUCUUCCAUCUGUCCACUUCCAAUCUCUUCUCCCUGCAUCAUCGGCCAAAAAAAAAACAUUUUCGUAACGCGGAUUUCUCGUCUUCUCGAAAUUCACCAUUCGUUACAAGACACGCAAUUAAUUCGAUUUCAAGAUGCCUGGUCUGGUUACUGCCACUGGUGUACUAGCCUUCUUGGCCGAUGAAGAGCCAGAGCUCAAGGUAUUCGCCCUCCAAACACUCAACGAUGACAUCGACACUGUUUGGUUCGAGGUUGCCAGCGCGCUUGGCCAGAUUGAAGCUCUCUAUGAAGACGAAUCCUUUCCGGAGCGCAAAUUGGCUGCCCUCGUACUCGCCAAGGUCUAUUAUCAUCUCCAGGCUUACGAUGAGAGUAUGACCUUUGCAUUAGCCGCAGGUGAACUAUUCAAGCUAGACAACCCUGGCGAAUUCGAGGAGACAAUUAUUUCCAAGUGUGUCGACCACUAUAUCGCUGCCAAGAACGAGAACCACACCGUCGUCAACAAGAAGGAUAAGGAUACUUCCUUGCCCGCCCUUGCUACGGCAUUCUCAAGCACCGGUGCCGAUGGCAGCGCCUCUGCUCUUAUCUCGCCCACGACACCCUUCUCCCAGUCUACCCUUCCAUCGAAGUCUCUUCUAUCUCGAGCCUCUACCGACAACACCAUUCUCGAACCCUCCUUCGAACCGCAGAAGAAGCAACAUCGAUCGUCCUCUAUUGCUUUAACCAAUAAUGAACUCGACACUCGUCGCGCGAUCGACCAAGUCAUUGAGCGCUUAUUCGAGAGCUGUUUGAAGGAGAGACGUUACCAACAAGUCGUGGGUAUAGCAGUCGAAGCAAAGCGCCUUGACGUCGUUAGUAAGGUCAUUCAACGCGCGGACGAAGACUACAAGCGUAACAAGGGCAAGUCAGCACAAGACGAUGCCGUAGGACCCGCCGAGGAGUUGCUAGACUAUUGCUUGAGUAUAUGUAUGGAUGUUGUCCAAGAGCGGGCUUUCCGAGACGAAAUCUUGCAGCUCAUCCUAGAUAUUCUCACCAGUGGCCGUGCCAAGGACCCAGACUACUUCUCGAUCGCCAAAUGCAUCAUUUACUUAAAUAAGGAUGAACAGGCGGGUACCGUCAUUCAGCAUCUAGUCAAAGCGGAGACUGUUGAAGCUACGGCCAUAGCUUACCAGUUUGCGUUCGACCUAUACGACAAUGGCACACAAGAAUUUCUAGGUAAAGUUAUCUCGGGUUUACCCAAGAGUGACAUUCCUACGGAGAAGGGGGGCCACGAGGCCACUGGAGAAUCCGAGAGUGAACCCCUUCUAAGUGGAGAAACCGACGCGGGAGAGGGCGAGUCCGAAGAGGUUGAUGGAAAGAGAGGUGCCAUCUACAAGAACAUUCGUUCCAUCCUAGACGGCACUAAGACCAUCAAGCUCAAUCUAGAGUUCCUCUACCGCAACAAUCAUACCGACCUAAGCAUCCUCAACAAGGUUCGGGACAGCCUCGAGGGCCGUAAUUCGAUCUUCCAUACCGCCGUCACCUUCUGCAAUGCCUUUAUGAACCAAGGUACUACCAAUGACAAGUUCUUUAGGGAUAAUCUGGAGUGGCUAGGGAAAGCCGUCAAUUGGUCCAAGUUUACCGCUACUGCUGCUUUAGGUGUUAUCCACCGUGGAAACCUCUCUCAGUCUAGGAAGCUUCUAGAGCCUUAUCUUCCACGAGGCGCUGGUGGUAUCAGUGGCGGCUCCCCUUACUCGCAAGGUGGUGCUCUUUACGCAUACGGCCUUAUCCAUGCCAACCACGGCGCCGAUGCUCUGGAUUAUCUCAAAACUCAGUUUACGGCUGCGGAAGAAGAGGUGAUUCAGCAUGGUGGUGCUCUUGGGCUAGGCCUUGCUGGUAUGGCAAGUGGAAACGAAGAGAUAUUUGAGAACUUGAAGAGCGUUCUCUACGCCGAUUCUGCUCUUAACGGUGAAGCCGUUGGCCUCUCAAUGGGUUUAAUCAUGUUGGGUACUGGCAACGUUAAAGCUCUCGAAGAUAUGGUUGCUUACGCGCACGAAACGUCUCACGAGAAGAGCGUACGAGGCUUAGCCCUGGGUAUGUCUUUAAUCAUGUAUGGCCAACAAGAGGGCGCGGAUGUCAUGAUAGAAGGUCUUUUGAACGAUCCGGAUCCGACUUUACGAUACGGUGGUAUCAUGACCGUGGCGAUGGCCUACUGUGGCACGGGCAGCAACAAGGCUAUCCGCAAGCUAUUGCACGUUGCCGUUAGUGACGUCAAUGAUGAUGUGCGACGAAUUGCGGUCAUGAGCUUAGGUUUCAUCCUUUUCCGCAAACCCGGCAGCGUGCCUCGUAUGGUCGAGCUACUCUCCGAAUCCUACAACCCUCACGUUCGUUACGGUUCCGCCAUGGCUCUUGGUAUCUCGUGCGCUGGCACCGGAUUAGACGAGGCCAUCGAUUUGCUGGAGCCCAUGAUGAAGGACCCAACCGAUUUCGUCCGACAAGGAGCACUAAUUGCGCUAGCCAUGAUCAUGAUCCAACAGAAUGAGGUCAUGAACCCUAAAGUUGCGUCAAUCCGCAAGACACUCAAGAAGGUAGUUGGUGACCGCCACGAAGAUGCUAUGACCAAGUUCGGUGCGGCCCUCGCUCUGGGUAUUAUUGAUGCCGGUGGACGUAACUGCACGAUCGGUCUACAAACUCAGACGGGCAACCUCAACAUGGCCGGUAUUGUCGGAAUGGCUGUCUUCACGCAAUACUGGUAUUGGUUCCCCUUUACCCAUUUCCUGUCCCUCGCCUUUAGCCCAACCUCGAUUAUUGCCUUAGAUCACGACCUGGACAUCAUAGAUGUUAAGUUCCACUGUGCCACGAAGCCAAGUCUGUUCGAUUAUCCCCCAGAGCAGGAAGUCAAGGCGGAAGAGGGACCAACUAUGAUCGCAACUGCUAUCCUCUCUACCACUGCCCAAGCCAAACGUCGGGCUCAGAAGAAAGAAAAAGCACAGCGGAGGGAGAGCAUGGAUAUCGAUUCCACAGCCACACCAACCAUUUCCAAACCAAGUGCUAGUAGCGAUAAGAUGGAGGUCGAUACGAAGGCCAAGCUAAGCGAAGACACCAAGGACAAGAAGGAAGGCGAGACUCCCGCUCCUGGCGAGAAGGAAACAUCAGCACCCCCAACAGAUACCAAGAAGAAACCCGAGAAAGAGAAGCCGGGUUACGAAAUUGAGAAUAUGAGCCGUGUCCUACCGGCACAACUCAAGUAUAUCAGCCUCACCAAAGGCCGUUACUGGCCAGUCAAGUUGGUGAGACCUGGCCCACUGCCUACCGGUGGCCCCAUUCUCCUCCACGACAUGCAACCUGAGAAGGAAAAGGCGCUUAUUGAAGAGAAACUCAAGAAGGUGGCUACAGAAAAAGCACCUGUGGCUGGUGCCGGUAGCGGUCAGAACCGUAAUCCUCGAACGGUUGAGGAAGCUCUCCUCCAUCGCCUUAGACAAGACCAGCUUGCCACUCCUAGUCGAAAUAAUGUAGGUGGUGCCGCAGCGGCAGCCGGCGUGUUGACUGCCAUAGACGAAGACGCCGAGGGCGACGAGGAAGCCGAGCCGCCUCACGAUUUCGAGUAUUACACUGACGAGGAGGAUGAGUAAAUGCGCAAAUGCACACCAUCCUAAAGAGCCAGUCAUGUGUAUUUGUACCUUAUUUGUAGCAUAGACAAACCCAAGAUGGGUUAUAAUAGCCAACCACAAUAUUUUACAACCUCGA